AGAAAGAGAGAGAGAGAGAGAGAGAGAUGGGAAGAGGUAGGGUUCAGUUGAAGAGAAUAGAGAACAAGAUCAACCGGCAGGUUACAUUUUCCAAAAGAAGAGCUGGAUUGUUGAAGAAAGCUCAUGAAAUCUCAGUCCUAUGUGAUGCCGAGGUUGCCUUGAUCGUCUUCUCUCAUAAAGGGAAGCUCUUUGAAUACUCCACCGAUGCUUGCAUGGAAAAGAUACUUGAACGCCACGAGAGGUAUUCUUAUGCAGAGAGGCAACUAGUCGCAACUGAUCUUGAUUCGCAGGGGAACUGGACCCUUGAGUAUAACAGGCUCAAGGAAAAGGUUGAACUUCUACAGAGAAACCACAGGCACUAUUUGGGGGAAGAUCUGGACUCCGUCAGUCUCAAAGAGCUUCAAAACUUGGAGCAACAGAUUGAUACCGCCCUUAAACUCAUUCGGGAAAGAAAAAAUCAUCUGAUGUAUCAGUCGAUUUCUGAGCUGCAGGUAAAGGAGAAGGCAAUUAAAGAGCAAAAUAACAUGUUAGUGAAGCAGAUCAAGGAGAAGGAGAAAGCACUGGCACAGCCGGCACGCUGGGAUCAGCAAGAUCAUGGCCCUAAUGCUUCCUCAUUCCUUUUACCACAGCCGCCACUGCCUUGUUUAAACAUCAGUUACCAGGAAGAAGAUCCAGAAGCGAGGAGGAAUGAACUUGACCUUACGCUGGAACCAGUUUAUUCGUGUCACUUUGGAUGCCUUGGAACAUGAAUAUUUGGGCGAAGAACACUCUGAAACUGCUAAAAAAGUAGUUUUUGGUUCGUGAUGAAAUUAGAUUAUAUACACACCUUGUUAUAAUUAAGGUUUCACCACGUCAAGUUGACAUAAUUUAUGACAUGAUCCUUUGAUCGUAUAUCGAUUAUCUUUCUUGUUGGUGAUAAGUAAAUUGUUGGUGGAACUUAAUUCCGAUGUUUCAA